GGGAGCCAGGCAAGGGGUUUGACAGAUGUGGAGCAGCGCCAUGAUUGGCUGAACCAGUGCCCCUCCCGGCCCCUCCGGCGGGCUUAGUCCCUGCUGCCGCGGCCCCAAGCCCCAGUUGCACUUCUGGCUGUGAUUGUGAAGGUACAAACCCUAGAAGGUAACACCUAGUUCGACGACUCUUUAAAGCAACAGCCGAGACAACUCACCAAACGAAAAUGCUGCUCAAGACCCACCUCGACAUCAUCAGCAGGAACGAGCCUAUCCAGAGGAAGGCGAGGUUCUGGCAGUCCUACGUCCGCGCCCUCAAGGGCACUGAGGACAUCAAGGCGCCAGAAAACAGCCGCACUCCCCGCAGCAUUUACCGUCCUAUCUACUCCGAGUUCCCCGAGCUUUCCUCCAAGCUGGACACCUGGCCACUCAGCAAGAGCCUGUAUGAGGACCCCGCGAUCGCGCACGAGCGCAUCAGCUCUCCCGGCUACCGUUACCAGCCCAUCUCGAGGGAAACCUACGGAUACUCGCCACGCAACUUCCUCUACCGCGACCCCAUCCGCAUCGAAGAAAAAAAGCCUAAAGCACUGCCUAACGAGACGCAAGCGUGGAACGACCACAUGGAGAGGAUGGCGGCCAUGGGCAGGCUGGCACCCUUCCGACGCUCCAUGUCACCUCCCCCGAGACCGUCCCUGCGAGCCAGGUCGGCUUCACCAGUCAGGGCACGCUCCGCCUCGCCCUUCGAGCGCGCCUCUUCGCCCUUCAUCAGGGAAUCCUCCCCAUUCACCAGGUCCACGUCGCCGUCUCCCAUCCUGGGAUACACAUAUGCAGGCUAUCCGAUUUACACCCGCGACGGGAUCAGCCGUCCUGCGCUUGUGCGCAUCAUGAGCCCAAGCCCUUACUUGUCAGCAGCCUCAGUUGUGCGCGACCCUUGGUGGUAUGCCUACCCUGAGCUGAAGCCCUUCGAAACCGACUAUGUGUACCGCACUUCGCCAUCAUACCUGAGGAGAUCGUACCUGUCUCCGGUGAAGAACAGGUACCUCUGGAACCAACACCCCGUCAGGCCAUUUUAAAUGGAAAUGAAACGUUUUGCAUCAACCAACCUGAAACCUGACCUUGAGCCUGCGCCUGUGACUGACAUUUCCCCGACUAUGAUGAAUGCAUAGCGGACAAAAAGGAAAAGAAAACUCUGCGCUUUCCCAAUCAAACUAAAACUAUAACUGUUAAAUGUUACGAGAUUAAAUUAAGGUUGCAAUGUUAUCAUCAUUAA